UUUCGCCUUUUCCUCCAUUCACCACACCUGUUUUCAUCUGUCUUUCUUCUCCGUUUCCUCCCCUGAAAUCCCUCGUGUAUCCUCACCGACCCGUUUCCGCCGGUCGCCCUUUCCUCUUUACCAAUUCCUCGCCGAAAUCUCGCAUAACUGAUUUCCCAACCCACGUUCACAGAAUCCCCCUUCUCUCUCCCGAUUUCGAUUUCGAUUUCUCCCUCCUAAUUUCAGCUUCUUCUCUUUGUUUCAUUUUCUCGCCGGCAGCUUGGGUCUCUCGCCGCCGUCGCUUUUUCAAGCCUUCUAUUCUCCUUUUCGUCUUUCUAGGUGAGAGGGUUGUUGCUUCUGGAAUCCUGAUCUCUACCCAGUUGAGAUUUGGUCGUUGUGGAUUACUCGAGGUUUGUUGCUGCUUCUGAUUCUGUGGUUCUUUAGUUAGUUCGGCGAAAUAGUUCUUCCAGUUGCUUAUGGAAGGUGGUUGAUUGUUCAUUUCAAAAGCUUAGGUGGAAUCAGAGAGAGAGAGAGAGAGAGAGAGAGAGAGAGAGAGAGAGAGAGAGAGAGUUGGGAUGAAGAGAGGGAAAGACGAUGAGAAGAUGAUGGGGCCAUUAUUCCCGAGGCUCCAUGUGAAUGAUACAGAGAAAGGGGGCCCAAGAGCGCCUCCAAGGAACAAGAUGGCCCUUUAUGAGCAGCUAAGCAUUCCAUCUCAAAGGUUUAAUUCUGGGGUUUUGCCUCGUAAUCCAAGUAACUUGGCUCCUGCCGGGUCUUCCAGCCAGGCGAGUAGGCUUGAAAGGACUUUAUCCUCGCCACCAACUCUAGCCGAUCAACUGCCUUCUUUCCAGCCCGGUGCUGGGAACUUGAACAGUUCUUUGGCGCCACGUGAGCAGAGGAAGAAGGCCGGAGACGAAGAUGAUUUCACUGUUCCAGUAUUUGUAAAUACAGGUGCGUCCAAGUUGCAGAGAAAACGUUCUAAUGUGGAAGAGCUGGCUCCAUUUAGCUCGAUGCAUUCAUGUCAUUCCAACAAAGCUCAGAAUACUGGCUAUAUUGAUACCCAGUGUGCGUCAUCCAUUGAUCCCCAUUCAAGACAUGGAGGAAAUCCAUGCAUUUCAAGUGAUAAUUUGCAUACUAGAGAAAAUUUUGCUGAGUCUGGGGAUGAAGCAAUUGUACACCCGAAAAAACGUUCUCAUGGUAAUCAACAGCAGCCUGCAUGGUUGCAGUCAAAUGUAUGUGCACUUGGUGAUGCUGUUCCUGAGAUGCGGCGAAGGGGAACAGAGAAAAAUGAUGUCCUUGUGCGAAAGGACAGCUUGGGUUCUUGUGAAGAGCCAUGUACACCCAAUGAGGGCAGUGGCACCUGUGUUACCAAGGUGGACGUGUCAAUACCAGUGAGAAAUACUGAUAAAGGGGACGAUGCAUCUGACACAUCCAUUGUUGACUCUGCCGAACCCUUGGACAUAUCUCCGGAUGAUGUUGUGGAUAUGAUUGGUCAGAAACAUUUCUGGAAAGCUAGAAGAGCAAUUGUCAAGUAAGUAUUGUAACUCAUCAUGAAAAAUUGAGACCUAACGUGCAAGUCUGUCGUGAGAUUUUUACUUUGCAAUAUUGUCAUGUUGAAGGCGUUUAUUUAUCUGGGAACUAAUCUAGCUAUAUAUUGUCUUACAUUUGAAAUCUUGAAGCUUGGGGAAUUUUAUCUGCCAUACUGAUUGAACCCGUCUAAGGUCUGGUCUUUCCUUCGCCCAGUUUGCUACUAAGAAAUUAUGAGGUUGUUUAGACAAUUAUUGUUCAAAUUUGUUAUUAAGUUUUGUCUAGAGGACUAUUUGGCUGCUCCAUAUGUAUGUCACAAUAGUAAUGGAGAUGGAGUGUCUAGAGCUUCCUCAUUUCCUUGUUUCUUGGGUUACUUCUCUUCAUAUUUACACAAUCUGACUUUGUUAGAUUGUUUAAAUGUCAGGCAGAAUGUUAACUGUAGGAAUGAAAUGAUUGCCUAUUUUGCAAUUAUCAUGGUCAGUGGCAAGGGAGAACUAGAUAGUGGGGAGUCUCCAACCAAUCUGGCGUGUUUUUGGUGCUCAAGCCCUUGAUAACAUUUCAAUGUGGAAGUUCCUGCGACAGGGGGUAGUGAUAAUGGUGAUUGAGGUACUUCGUUCAAGGUGCCCCCGGGAUAGUAGAUCGUCUUAUAUAUCUAGUUCUUUAGCACUUUGUUCUCUUUGGUUAUACUCCUAUCUUGGAUAGGAUUGCAUAUUUUCUUUCUGACCACUGGGCAAAUUACUUAUCCUCGAGGGCCUUUAGCACGUAACCAACAUCUGCUGGAGAUGGUUCCUGGAGCUAUCAGUAGGUGAGUUGCAGAUGGGAAAAUGGAGAGUUAUGUUGUAGGAAUGCCAGGUCUUGGCAUAAAUUUGUUUUAGUUUUAUGUUGGGAAACAUGUGUCAUCAAUUAUUUAAAUUUAUUUCAAGCGCAUGAGCUACUUUUAUCCUUCCCGGAAGAGUUCUGCAAGUAGAAGGCAUGGAAACGUUGUGUCAGCAUGGUUGAAUUCAAAAUUUGAGUUCCUGGCUUAUCUUCUUGUAUUGGAUGAUCUACUGUUAUGGCCUCUGUUUAUAUCUGAAUUUCGCAGCCACUAACAUAUAUGUCAAGCUCUCUCUUCCAGGGUAUAAGAAUUAUAGACACUUGAUUCCUGUUAUCUAGUUGGCCACGAGCCCUUUCAGAAAGUUUGGUGUAUGUGCAUAUGAAAAAAAAAAAAAAAACUAAGUUGUCCAAGGCUGGAGUAUACUACAUGUGUGUCAUGUGAGAAAUUCAGCCUCUGGUAUUGUUCAUUUAAGGAUAUUGUUUUACUACGCACUUAAUUGUGUGGCGCAGCUUCCAUGCUUUCAGCAAGCAAGUAGUUACAGUCAACAAAGAGUUUUUGCGGUUCAAGUGUUUGAGUUGCAUAGACUCAUCAAGGUUCAACAAUUGAUCGCUGGUGCUCCGCAUCUUUUGGUGGAAGAGAGCAACUUCCUCACAAAAUCAUCCAUUCCUGGCUCUCCAAUGAAGAAACUUCAAGCCGAGUACGUCCUGCUGCAGCCAGCGCGUGGUACCAAAAGAAAAGAUGAUUCACAAGAACCUAGUCAUAAUAAGAUGGAAGGUUCUGCAGAGAAUGCUGUUGGGAAGUCUCUUGGAAACCAUAGUCAGCCACCAACAACCUACAGGCCGCCUCAUGUAGGAAACCAAGUUCCAGUUCCCGCAAUCACAGACAGCAACAACACGACGAGUUCAUGGAAUUUCCACCAAGCCACUGGCCAGCACUGGUUGGUCCCUGUCAUGUCCCCUACCGAAGGACUCGUGUACAAACCUUAUGCACCCCCUGGACAAAUGGGACCUGGUUGUGGAGGAUAUGGAGCAUACGGCCCUCCUCCUGUAAUGGGAAACUUCAUGAACCCAGGCUACGGACUUCCAACUUAUUUUCAACAGGGAAUGGGUUGCUUCCCUCCAUAUGGUAUGUCAGUCAUGAGCUCCGCUCUCUCGGGUUCAGCAGUUGACCAGUCGAACUGCUUCCCAGGAUCGGGUUCCCAUGGUCAAAUCAGUCAGUUGUCUGGAAGUGGGGCGAAUUUCAACGUUCAACAUAACGUGGAAGUGCUAACUCAGAAGAGUGGGGCUGUCUCAGUGGCGGAGAUCCGGGUAACUUCUAAAGAAGCUGAGCUGCAAAGAAGCACCGCGAGUAGCAUUAGCGAGAGAGUGGAAGUAGUCGGUAGCAUUCAGCAGCGGGGUGAUAUAAGAGAUGAUGCAUCUUUCAACUUUUCCCAAGAGCUCCUUCUGCAUUUGGAGCUGCUCCUCAACGAUCAGGUAACGUCUCUAGGGUGAUUAGGGUCGUGCCGCAUAACUCCAGGUCUGCAACUGAAUCAGCAGCUCGGAUCUUUCAGUCGAUACAAGAAGAGAGGAAGCAAAAUGAAUCGUUUAGUCAGGUGCUUGGAUUCCCUGUAAUGGUAUGCAAUUUUUGCUGUUUAUCGAUUAUUGUUGUUUGUAGUGGGGUUUUGGACUUUUGAUCCAUUUAACUUUAGUAGAGGCUAUUCUGGAAUGUAGAUAUGCCGCGUGCUGGAGGACUAACGCAUCGAUAUGAACAGUGCCCCUAGAGUAAAAUACUAAAAUGUGCUUUCCAUCUUUCUUCAGUUUUGCUAUAUUUGUUUGAGUCUACUACUAAACCGAGGCAACUAGCUACCUUAGAUGAUCUAAGGGCACUUGUAGUUUCUUCUGGGAACGACAGUGUGUGCAAUGGUUUAUUUUGUUCUGGUCCGAUGCUUGAAAAUACAUCAUACUGAAUUGGAU